AGGCCUGACCUCAGUAUACCUGAAAUACCUCCUAAGCCUGGAGAACUGAAGACAGAACUGCUGGGUCUAAAAGCAAGAUCAAACAAAGUUGAAACUUCACAACAGUAA